CUUCAAAAAUCUUUUCGGAUUACUUCACAGAAGCACAAAGUCUCUCUUUCAAGCUUCUUCGAUCUUUGCUUCACCAAACCCUAAAACAUGUCCGGCGGAUUUUUCCGGGGUACUUCCGCCGAGCAGGAUACUCGGUUCUCUAACAAGCAAGCCAAAUUGAUGAAGAGUCAGAAAUUUGCUCCGGAGUUGGAGAAUUUGGUGGAUGUGACCAAAGUGAAGAUGGAUGUUAUGAAGCCUUGGAUUGCGACUAGAGUCACUGAGCUUCUUGGUUUCGAAGAUGAAGUUCUCAUCAACUUUAUUUAUGGUCUGCUUGAUGGGAAGGUAGUGAAUGGUAAGGAGAUUCAGAUAUCGCUAACUGGAUUCAUGGAGAAGAAUACUGGCAAGUUUAUGAAAGAACUCUGGACGCUUCUUCUAAGCGCACAGAAUAAUUCAAGUGGUGUUCCGCAGCAGUUUUUAGAUGCUAGAGAAGCUGACACAAAGAAGAAACUGGAAGCAGCAAUGCAAAAAGCAAACCACGAGCAUGAUUCAUUGAGGAAAAUAGACAGCAGCGUUGAUCUCAAGGGGAAAAAUGGGAUGGAGAAAAAACCUUCAAGAGAUCUUCCAGAGGAUGGGAGAAGGGCUGACGAGAAGAAUGGUGUAAAAGAAACGAGAAGGGAUCUGAUAUCUCCACGUCGCAGAGAAGCAUCCCGCUCACCCCUUAGAGGGUCACGUUCUAGGUCUAUCAGCAAAACAAAUUCAGGCUCUAGAAGUUAUUCUGGUGAACGGAAAUCCAGGAGCUUAUCACGAUCAUCAGAUGCCUCCAUCUCACCCAGAAAGCGGAGAUUGUCGAAUUCAAGGCAUAGAUCCAGAUCACGUUCCUUGCGUAGGUCUCCGUCUCCUCGGCGACGUAGGAUACAUUCUGCUUAUGGAAGCAGGUCUCGGUCACCAAUUAGACGUCACAGGCGAUCUACGCCUGAGAGACGCCGUCAGUCACCACCCCUUUCAAGGCGUCGCCGGUCUCCAUCACCCUUUAGGCGGCGCAGGUCACCAUCUCCGCCUGCAAGGAGACGCAGGUCACCAGCCCCGCCUGUAAGGAGACGCAGAUCACCAUCACCACCUGCUAGAUCACGCAGGUCACCUUCACCACCUGCUAGGUCACGCAGGUCACCGGCUAGACAUCGCCGAUCUCCUCUGCCCAUUAGAAGGCGUAGGUCUCCUUCACCACCAGCUAGAAGGCACAGGUCUCCAUCUCCACUCUAUAGGCGCAACAGGUCGCGGUCACCACUGGCUAAGCGAGGAAGGUCUGACUCACAGGGGAGGUCUCCCUCACCGGUGGCUAGGCGCAUGACACCUACUGGGGCAAGAUUGCCUACACCACCGGCUGGGCAAAAAUUGCCUUCACCACCUCCUAGGCGUGCAGGAUUACCUUCGCCGAUGAGGUUUGGAGGAUCUCAUGCAGCCAACCACCUGGAAUCACCAUCACCCAAGUCACUGUCCCCUCCCGGUGAGAAAAAAGUGGUACCAUCUCCACCUGUUAGACGACGUAGUUCACUGACUCCUGCCAAAGAGCGAGGCUCCUUGUCCCCAGCUGGACGCGGUGAAGGAGAAUCCCCUUCACAUGUCAAACAUAGUGGAUCUAUGUCACCUGUUAAAAGUCGAGGUAGAUCUUCUCCUUCAUCUCAUGUCAAAGCACGCUCUCCUGUUCGGCGCAGGUCACCAACACCUGUCGACCGGCGUCGUCGAAGAUUUCGAUCAGCUGACAGACGUAGGAGACGGUCUCCAUCCUCGAGUAGAUCUCCUUCUAGGUCGUUCUCACCUCCUGUUCGCCGUAGAUCUCCUUCUCCAAGUAGAAGAAGGCAACAGAGGGACAGAAGAUCUCCUGGACAUCCAUCUGAAGAGCAAGAUAGAGAGGACGGGAUUCAAAGUUCCAAGCUAUUAAAGAGAACUGCAGUGCAGUUGCCUGAUAUUGAUAAGAGGAAACAAUUACCGGAAAAGGUGCCAGAAGUUAGGCGUGCAGAACAUGUGAAGGAGCAAGAGAGGAAGAGUGAUAAGAUACCAGAGAGGCGUUCCAGUAGAACCCAUGGUUCAGAGAUGCCCCCAGUUUCACCUAAGGAAUCGCUUAGAGUAGAAAAUUCAGAAGGAAAGAGUCAGCCUCUUUCUAAUAAGGUGAAGGGCAGUGAUCAGGUUGAGAAAGAGGAUAACAGCGACUUGGAUGCAAACCUUUCCUCUGAUUCUAAGGAAAAUAUCAGACAUCAUACUACGGAUAGAAAGAGAAGAAAGGAGAAAAGGUCUUCAAGGGAAGAAGUAUCCUCAGAUGAUAAGGGCAGUUCUGAUUCUGACCUGGAAGAUAGGAAGGAGGCUAAAAGGAGGAGGAAGGAAGAAAAGAAAACGAGAAAGGAGGAGAAGAAACGCAAGCGAGAGGAGAGACGUCGUAAAAGGGAAGAACGUCGUGGUGGGAAGCUGAAACAUAAGAAUCAAGAGCAUUCUGAUACUUCAGAGGGCGAUGAAGCUGAGACCUAUCCUAAGAAUAAAAAAGGGGAGUCAGAUCCAAAGAGGCUUGAGAUUGAGUUGCGAAACAAAGCACUCGAGUCACUGAAAGCAAAGAAGGGCAUGAGCCACUAAAUCCUUAUCCACCUUUAUUUGAACAGCUUUUUUAAGAUACAAUGCCAUGCUAGAUCUAUCUUUUAUGUGGUGCUUUUUCUUACGUGUUCCAAACUUUCUUGUGGUCUGUUUGUUGGUGGCAGCAAAAUUGGACAAGUGACAAUUUCUCUGCUAUUCUUGAGUGCAGACUUUAUGCAGACAUUCAUGGCUUAUGUUCUGGUAAUAGUUUCUUGCAUUGAGUAGAUUUUUAUGACAAUUUGGUAUUGUGGCUGUCUGGGAAUCAUUAUGUUUGAGUUGAUAGAAGAAUGUUCAUGCUC